UCAGACUGACAUUUGGAAAUAAAUUGCUUCGAAAUUUUGUUAUUUGGAUGUUAACGUGGAUAAGUAGCAUAUAUUGUAAAUAACAAUAAUGUUUUUUGAAAAUUUUAAAAAUGUUGGUUCUAACGGUAAAAUUGGUCAUUCUAAAAGAGCCAUUGCUAACCAAAAAAAUCACAAAUUGAACGGUAAAUUACUGUCCCAUCACAAAUCUGAACCCAAGUUGCCUGACGUUAAAGAUUUUGCUAGUAUUCCUAUCGUUAAACAGGCCGAUAAUGCCAGGUUACUGCCUAAAUAUGCUGCAAUACUUGGAAAAACUAAAGAGGAAGCGGUUGGGAUGGAUGACUUAAAUCAGUUGCAACACGAUUUGGAGAAACUUUUGUCGACAGCUGCCGUUAGACAAAGAUUCUUUUUAGGUGAAAUUAAACCCUCAGAAAAGAGUGAGCAUGAAAAAAGGGCCCAUGAUAAGACUUCAUUUAAAAGAAAACGUCCAUAUAAAAAACCUUCCCUGCCAAAGAAUGACAAUUCAGUGAAAUUUUGGACAUCUACUGAACCAUACUGCGCCCCUGUUAGUAAAAAUGAUGUCGCGUAUCUGGAUACCCUUAUACAAGAAUUUUCAAAAGAAAUUGAUUAUGAAAUACCAGAGAUGGGCGAGCAUUACGCUAACACUUGGUCAGAGGAACUAAUUAAUGAAGAACAAAAUCUUGGUAAAUCUCCCAAUAAAAAAGUGUGUACAGUCGAUUUAAAAAAAAAUCGCCUGCAUAGCAUGGUUGCCGCAUUUUGGGCCCCACAAAUACAAAGCAUACCAUCCGCAUUAAUACAGGAAAUUGGGGACAAUGGAUUAAAAGUUAACAAAACAAAAUCUUUGGACUUUUCCAAAUUUAAACAGAACCUAGUGAUUGGGGCCUGUUUAAAUAGAGCCUUAAAACUGGAAGAGGUGCCUGAGUGUACACCCAAGGAUGAAAUAUAUGCAGAAAUAAAAAAAUGUCAGCAGGAAUUAUCAACAAUCAACAAAUACAAUGUUGAGGAACUAAAUAAACUAAGAUCGCUGGUCUUUAACGAUAUUCAUUGCAAUGAUUUAAAAGAGGAACUGGAUAAAGUUGACCGUCGGGUUUUGGAUCUUUACAAUAAUAUAAUAGCAACCCGGAAAAAAGCUCUGGAAGAGGAAGGCAAAGAAUUUGACGAAGAUAUGUUUUGCAAGCAAAUAUUGAAUGAAUUUGGGAGCAAAGCCGACGCAUUGUUAAAACAACAAGUUGUACUUAACCGUGAAAUUAAUAGCCUGACGGACAUGUCAAUGCUUUAUUGAUGGUUAAAUUCAGUAUAAUCACAUUCUGAAGGCACUAUCCCAACAUAUAGUUCCAUCAAGAAUGUGGUUAUAUUGAAACUAUUCCUCAGCACCUUUUACAACUACAAACUAUAUCCAUAUAGGAAAUGUUUACAGCUUUUGAUAUAUCAACAAAUCAGCUACACAGCUGUGUAACUAAAAUAUAUUUUUCUUAGUUUUAAUAGUUAAGUCUAAAGGUAUAAUCGAAAGAAAACAAAAAUACUCUAGAAAUAAGCCAAUGAAAUAAUAUGUAAUAAAAACAGGAAGAUAAAAAAUGCCACCCCAACUUGAGGUGGAAUAAAUUAUUACAAAGUAGUAGCAAAAAUAUAAUCGCAACAAAUGUGAAUUACAAAUGAAUUAAAAAGAAAUUGUUUUGUCAUUUAGAAUAAAAAUAUGUCUUAUGAAAGUAAUUUAGGCAAAUGUAGUUUAACCGAAUAUUUGUCACAUACAAAAGUAUUUGGGAAUAGAGAACAUAGGGCAACUGCUUUGUUUUAUUUA